CCCACCCUUGUUUGGGGCAGCUAGGAUCCAAGACAGGAUUUGGGGGGUGGAAACAGUCUCUUAAGUACAAAAUGCAAAACUAUCGUACAAAGCUUGGCCGUCUUGGACAUCCUGAAAUCCUUGUGAACUCCUUAAAGCACAAGAAAACAGGCCAAGGCAAAGCUGCAGCAAACAUAAAAAAACCAAGAAAAGCUGAAGUAAACUACAUUCCUCUGCACCCAAAAGGCGAAACCACAGAAAGCUUGGAGAACGAGAGAAUUGCCUUAUUGUCAGAACUGAAAAAGCGUGACAAUGAAGUGGUGAUAAAAGCAAAAAUGGAAAAAACCUUCUCCCACAGACGCCUUGAGAUUGUGGAGCAAAGGCCUUUGAUAGGGGACUUCAAAUGCAGAUGGCCUGCUCUGUUUCAGCAGAGUGAAGUGAAUGCGGAGUUUUUGAGGAUCACAACAUCACCACUUCAAUCAAAGUUCAUGUGGCAGCUGGACCACUUCUCAGACAAGCUCUUGAAGAUCUUCAAGACCAAAGGAGGAGUGAAGGGGCACAAAAUCAAGGAAGCCCUUGCAAUAUCAGAUUCGUUUGAAAACAUCCACAUCAAGAGGGGGUGCAUCCUGCGAAGCAUCGCGAUCUACCUCAACGAGGAUCCAGACUCUUUUUUUAAGGAGUAUCAGGCCUCUGCCUCUGAAGAUGCCAAGAGGGACAUGGCAAACACAGUCAUGGGCAUAUACACACUUCAAAGAGAUGUGGAUGGGCAGCCAGAGGACGUGGGAAUUGUCAUCGAAGGCAAUAUAGUCAUGGACAACUUGGGCAGCGUGAUUGUGGGGUUUGUCAUGCUAUUGGGACUUAUUUAUGCCCUGGAUUUGAGCUUUCCGGACAACCUCAAACACACCUUCGAGUUCAUGCAGAAGGUAGUGAUGAAUCUGGAUGGGCACAAGCUGAAUGGUAAAAUCGAAAGUCUGAAGAUCAAGUUGUUCGAUUGAAAUGUGAAAAAGAAGUGACUCAUGAGUUCAUUGUUGUCAUUUUAUUCACGAGUUUCCUAGUCAGAGCAGAUUGAGCCGUUAUAUCAAUCAUUUGUUCUGUGCUUUUCUGUAUUUGUUUCAACACACUGUAACACUAUUUCCAUAUGUUGGUGUUUGCAGUGCACUCUUUAUGUUAUGUGUUAUUGUCCUGUUAGAAGAGCAGUGCAUACCCCUGUUAUAUUGUAUUCAUUGUAUUUGGCAAAGGGAGAUUUGUAAGUUAAUUAUAGGAGUUCCAUUUCUCUGCCAUUUUAAAAAUGGUAUUAUCUUUCAGAAAUGUUUUUCAUCUUUCAGUGUGAAUUCAUUCAUUUUAAAAAGACUGUAUUGAAUGGAGGAUUGUUUUGAAUAAUGUGAAUUUAAAAAUAAAAAAAACUAAACCAUGUUUUCUAUCAUGUGUAACACAUUUUUAUUAAAUUAUAUUUAACCUCAUUAUUUCAUUUUCAAUUAAUUAAAUAGGAUUUAGGUGGACUAGCAUUAUUUAAAUUCAUAAAGGUAAUGUUAUCAUUUUACUUAAACUCUAUUUGAAAAAUUUGAGUUGGACUAACUCAUUUACAUUAUACUGCAUGGAUGCCAUUAGUUUGAGUUUGUGCCACAUAUAUUUAUUGGAUGGAAAACCUGCCAACAAUAAAAUUGAGUUAAUCCAAUGAGUUAUUUC